ACAACCGUAUGGGCCAAAACGACAACUCGCAAUCCAUGACCCAUCAAUCAAAGAAAAAGCGUAUCGACGAAGAGCACCAGUCCUCGCCAGACGUGGGCUUGAAGCCUGUGCAGCUACAGAGGCGCAGAGUAUGGCGGGCAUGUGAAAGUUGCAGACGCAAGAAGAUUAAGUGCGAUGGAUGCGAGCCCACCUGUUCCCAAUGCCAGGCCUCUGGAUCUAGUUGUGCUUGGCUUCAGACCAAGGACAGGGCGGCUUUAAGCAGACACUAUGUGCAGGAACUAGAGGCCCGUCUUCUCCACAUGGAGUCCCUAUUCACCCAGAUCACUCCUGUUCUCGAGCAGCUGGGGCCCACUCUCAACAUUCCAGUGGUCCCUGGCCCAUCCGGAAGCUCGGAGUCAGAUGCCUUGCCUCAGGCGUCUACUCUUUUGCAGGCAAUGACGUUCCCACCGAAAGACGCUCAUGUGGAGGACAAGUCAUCUCCCGAAUCAUCCCAAUCUAUCAAGGUUGAAGAUGACGUUUCCGAAUCUUUCGGCCAGCUUGCCCUUGACGAACACGGUCACAUGCGGUGGAUAGGCGGAUCCUCCACGAUGUCUCUCAUACAAUCAUUCAAGGCUCUCACGACGUCUCCUCUACACCGCGUAUCACCCAUGGAAGAAGAUCCACGAGCACCAGGUCCAAGUGUCAACAAACUAUAUUUUCCCGCUUCUGUCUUCUUUGGGAAGGUCCACGCCCUCCCUGGUCCAGAGGAAGUCGAAUAUCCCGACGAGGAUUUGGCCGAUAAGCUUGUCGACGCGUAUUUUACGCGCCUUCACUUCCUAAUGCCGAUUCUCGAUAAGCCCUCAUUCAUGCAGCAAUACAAGUCUGUGAUGGCCAAUAGAAAUGACGCUGUCAUAGCAAAGACCGAGGCUGCCUUUAUUUCCGUCGUUUUCGCUGUCUUUGCAUGCGCCGCUAGGCUCAUUAAUGACCCCCGUCUGAAAGGAGAGACUUUAGACGAUGGUGGAAUGGGCAUGGUCUAUUACGAAAGAGCCUUGAUAUUACAUUAUAUCAGCCACGCAACCAUCCAAGUAUCCCACGUUCAAUGCUUUAUUCUCAUGUCGUCAUUCCUGUGCUCAGUCAACUGCUUACCACAAGCGUGGCUUCUCGUGGGACAAGCAGUACGCACUGCGCAAGAUUUGGGCCUUCAUCGAUCACCUCGACGAUUACUGAUAACUCCUAUCGAGAAAGAAACUCGAAGAAAGAUAUGGUGGGGGGUCUAUGCCCUGGAUCGCAUGCUUGCUCUUGCUUUAGGACGUCCGCUCGGCAUAGAGGACUCGGAUUGUGACGUUGAAGACCCUGUAGGCGUGGAUGACGAGAACCUCCCUGAGUAUUUCAGUGGAGCUCCGCUGUCGCAGAAUUACCCAUCUCUCAUGGAUGGCACUCUCGCUAUAACGAACUUGUACAAGAUAGCCGGACGGAUUCUCAGAGAAGUUUACGCCAUCGAGAACUGCAAGGAGAUCCUGGAGCCUGAAAGGAAGGCUGAACUCCAACGCUCCGUCGAUGCACUCGAUCAGGAACUGACACAGUGGUGUAACAAUCUUCCCGCGGAGUUCAGGAACGAGUCUGUUAACGACAAACAAGUCACUAUGGGAGCCGUAUUGUGCAGCCAUUAUUACUCUGUUCUCACGACACUUCAUCGUAAUUUCUUACCCGUCAAGCGCGAUCAGCUCAUCGCUCCCAAUUCUACUGCGAAGGCCGUAGCCUCUGCCCGCUCGUGUAUCCAUCUGGCCCCCUCUAUCCACAAUGUGAUACCCCCUUCCCAUCAUCUCGCAUUUUUUAUUCAGCAUCUUUUCAGCUCCGCUGUGAUUAUACUGCUUUACGCCAUGCACUGCUCCGAUACGAGAGCGGCAAUUGUCGCAAUGGAGGAAGCCAAGAGUUGUUUUGCUGCCCUGGAAUCUUGGGAGGGGUACUGGCCUGGCGCUCGAAAAUGCAAAGAGCUGCUCACGGACUUGGCCAAAACCGCCGAUGAAGCUAUCAAGUCGUCCGCUGGUGGGAGGCAAGGUGGUCCUAUGGCAGCCCCUUCGACCGUGCCGCCUGUUAUGCUCGAACGCCGACGCUCUCUUGCAGCUUCGCCGUCAUCACCUGUGCCUACCAUAAUCCGCCCCGUCAAGGGCAAGCCAAGGCGCAUCAGUCGUUCUCGAGAUUCGACCAAUACUACCCGCCGGGCUCCUGUUGCUUCUGCUUAUCGCGUAGACUCUCAGCGAAAUAGGUCAACGUCACGCAAGCGUGGUCAUGAUGAGAGCGAAGGCUUCGAUAGGGCGGGAAGCCACCUGGCCUCAUAUCAUGGCAUAUAUGCCAGUCCGGGCUCUGCCCCAGGCAAGUCCAGUCCGCAUAGUUCGCCCGCUUCGGUGAAUCUACCAUCCCCUUCAAUAUCAAACCUUGAUGCGUCUCAAAAUCAAGAAGCCAGCCCGAGGAUGAUGGUAGCAUCGCCAUAUAGCAAUUAUUCUGCAGUUCCUUUAUCCCCCCUCCACGUCUCGUCGCCAUCCCAAUUUGAUCUCGAAUAUGGACUGCAGUCUCAGCAUAACAUGGGUCAAGGGAGCUCCUCCCACUGGGAUGGUAGCAAUGCUGAGCAGCAGGGCCUCGAGAUGUACUCCCCCGUUUUACAGAAUAAUUCUCUGUCGUACUCACAUCCAUACGAUUCUCAGUCCAAUGUGGACCCUACAUGGUACGGGGCAUCAGAUAUGGGGUACUCUGGAUUAUCCACCACACCUCCCACCGCGUCUUUUGCCACACCAGGACUUCCCUUUCAUGGCCUGGACUAUAUCCGCAAUUAUAACACAGGCGGAUAUUCAGUAGCUGGAGAUCAAGAUUCACUCUGGCAGACUUUUGACGCUGGUGCAUUUGGGCUUGAUCCCGAUUUACCGUUUUCGCUCGGUGAUAUUUCUUCAGACCUUAGCCGACACGGUCAACAUAAUCAACAAGGCCGAUAGUAAUAAUAUCCAGAGGAGAUUUCAACAUCAUCCCUUUUGAAUCAUACGUGCCUCGAUAAUGGCAUUGGACCAAUUUCUUUCCGAACGGUGACCACACGACGUAUAUUUGUAUCCAUACACGAGUUGACGAGAUCUGGUUCGGUGCUAGAGUUUUCACUGUAUGCUUAGUGCUUUGCUUGACCUUCCACGGCGAUAUGCAUAUUCACUACUAAUAAUCUUUGUGUGUUUGAGCCUUACGCACUUGCGUUGACUCGGGUUUUGUUUUAAUCCUUGAUACACUGAACUAGUUACUAAUAGGCUUCUUAUGCUGUACUCCUUUCUCUGACAUUGACUAUCAGUAUCGAUCUUGUAACACCUAGCUCGCAUUCCUUGAUAUCAUUUGAAACUUUACAAAGGUUAUAAA